AUGGAGCCCCAAUAUGUGUCCUUCCAAAAAUAUCUCUCGAAUAGGGAUGUCCAUGGCAACCUUGAAAUACCUAACUGGGCAGAUCAUUUGCCGGAUGGAAAUGAGGUCAUGCGUGUAACUGACCGACACGGAACCAUAUAUGAAUUCAUAGCCUCAAUAAGGGCAGAUGGGAGGCGUUCUCUGACGCGUGACUGGCGUGGUUUUGCAUUGGCAAAGGGUCUUCGUACAAAUGAGUUACUAAGGAUUUGUUGGUUAGGAAAUGGGAAUGAAUAUGCAGUGCAAGUUGGUCUGCAGUUGCAUGGACCGUACAUAGCAUGGGAAACUCUGUAA